AUGGACAAACGUCAAAUGCAUUCCGCAGCGUUUCACAUCAAUCAUCCUCGGCAUUUUGAAAGAAAUUGUAAUGAAGACACUUCAGAACCAUCCGAUCCGACCGGGAAACGUGUGCCAGCUUUCGGAAUACGCGUGAAUAUACAUGUGAAAUUUUUGGAGGACACAAACGGGGCGUCGGAUAUGACCGCCAAUGGAUGA